CAACCCAACCCUCCCGUCCAAGAAGUCGUCGACUCCGGCGCCAUCCCCUCCCUCAUCUCCAUCCUGGAAGACGACGAGAACCCCGACACCCAAUACGAAGCCCUCUGGGCCCUCACGAACGUCGCCGGCGGCAGCUCCACCCAGACCCGCGCCCUCGUCGACGAAGGCGCCCUCCCCCACUUCGUCCGCCUCCUCAAGUCCCCCCACCAACAGAUCCAAGAGCAAUCCGCCUGGGCCGUCGGCAACAUCAUCGGCGACGGCCCGGAACUCCGCCAACUCGGCAUCGAAUCCGGCGCCAUCGAGCCCCUCGUCGCCCUCUACAAAUCCGACGCCCCCAUCACCACCCUCCGAACCCUCGCCUGGACCCUGAGCAACCUCUUCCGCCGCCCCCCUUAUCCUCCCGCCGUCGUCGACCGUGCCCUCCCGGUCACUAAGUCCCUCAUGGACUCCUCGGACGAAGAAGUCCUCCUCGAAUCCCUCUGGGGCCUCACCUACUUCACCGACACCGCCCCGGACAACAUCCAGAAAGUCGUCGAUUCCGGCGUCAUCCCCCGCGUCGUCGCCCUCAUCCCCCACGACAACCCAAAAAUCAGCAGCACCGCCGUGCGCCUCGCCGGCAACAUCGCUUCCGGCAGCGCCGAGCAGACCCAGGCCCUCCUCUCCUCCUCCCUCCUCUCCCAGGUCCUCCCCGUCCUCGACGAGCGCCGCACCAACCGCAGCCUCCGGAAAUGCAUCCACUGGAUGCUCUCCAACGUCGCGGCCGGGACUCAGGAGCAGAUCCAGUCCCUCCUCGACUCCGGCAUCCUCCCCCUCGUCGCCGAGGACCUCAAAGACCCCGAUCAACCCGGCUUCGUGAAGAAAGAAGCCCUCUGGGUCGUCUCGAACAUGGUCGAAUGCGGCACCCCCGAAGUCGUCCAGGGCGUCGUCGACCAGGGCGUCCUCGAGCCCCUCUGCAUC